ACUUCCGGGCUGCUGCGUACGUUGUCAUAGCGACCAUUUUACGUUAACUGGUUUGUGGUGUCUAACCUGGGGGCCCGGCGAUUGCGGGGACCUUGCUGCCCGCAUUCUCCGUCGCUUCCUGCGGCCGAAAGGCCAGACAGGGCUGGGGGAAUCCGGCCUAGGCGUCCGCGUCGCCGGGUGCGAGCGGGAUGGCUGCGGAAGAAGAGGACGAAGUGGAAUGGGUGGUGGAGAGCAUCGCUGGGUUCCUGCGGGGCCCGGAUUGGUCUAUCCCCAUCUUGGACUUUGUGGAGCAGAAAUGCGAAGUUUUUGAUGAUGAAGAAGAAAGCAAAUUAACCUACACAGAAAUCCAUCAAGAAUACAAAGAGCUGGUUGAAAAGCUGUUAGAAAGUUACCUCAAAGAGAUUGGAAUUAAUGAAGAUCAGUUUCAAGAAGCGUGCACGUCCCCUCUGGCGAAGACGCGCACAUCACAGGUGUGUUACCUGACUGCUUAACUGAUGGUGCAGAUGUGGUCAGUGACCUUGAACAGGAAGAGAUGAAAAUUCUAAGAGAGGUCCUCAGAAAAUCAAAAGAAGAAUAUGACCAGGAGGAAGAAAGGAAACGAAAAAAGCAGUCAUCAGAGGCUAAAAUGGAAGAACUGCCAGUAUACACGAGUGAAGCUGAAAAAAUGAGUAAUUCCCAAGGGGAUGGUGAACACUUUGUACAGCCACCCUCAGAAGUUAAAGUGCAUUUUGCUAAUCAGUCAGUACAACCCUUGGCAAGAAAGAUGGAGUUGUUGCCUGAAACUUCCUCCCUCACACAAAAAGGUUUGAAGAUACCUGGCUUAGAGCAUGCAAGCAUGGAAGGACCAAUAGCAAAUUUGUCAGCACUUGGAACAGAAGAGUUACGUCAACGAGAGCAUUAUCUCAAGCAGAAGAGAGAUAAGCUGCUGUCCAUGAGAAAGGAUACGAGGACAAAGCAGAUCCAGAAUACUGAGCAAAAAGGAAAGCCUACCAGGGAGGCAGAGGAAAUGACAGAGAAGCCAGAAAUGACAGCAGAGGAGAAACAAACAUUACUAAAGAGGCGAUUGCUUGCAGAGAAACUUAAAGAAGAAGUUAUUAAUAAGUAAUAUGAAAAAUUAGCAAAACAGAAGCCCAAAUUUUCUUAAAAAUAAAUUAUUUAAUCCUUAAACAAAGACUGUUAGUUUCAAGCAAAUACUUGCUUUUCUAAAUGCAACUGUGAACUGACUAUUAUUUUAAACAGGUAAAGGCAAGAGGGAAGGCAAUUUAAAAAACGUCUGCAGAAAUCCAGGUAUGAUGGUGCAUGCCUAUAAUCCUAGCACCCAGGAUGCUGAAUGAAGUAGAAGGAUCAGGAGAACUCCUGGUCCUCUCCAGUGUCAGAGCAAAUUGGAGGCCAGCCUAGUUUACAUGAUGAGUCUGUCUCAAAUAACCACAAUAAAUAAAUUUAAAAAUAAAACAAAAUUUUGGAUGUUUUCUCUUCAAAGAAAUUAGUUGAUAGUGCAUGCAUUCAUGUCACGUAGACAUUGUUUGUGUUAAGCAUGAUACAUACCAAGGGUAUAGUAGUCAAUGAUUCUGACAGGGUCCCUGCUUUCAUGGGGCUACCGAUGGCCCAGAGAGCAGUGUUAGAGAGUAAAAGUGCAGUGGUAACAUGGCAAGUGGUUGCAUGGAGAAGAGAGGUGUGCAGUAGCUUAGGAAGCACAUGCCGAACUAAACAUGUGUGACUAGGAGGACGGUUAGCAUAGGAAAAGUGAUAGUGGGUUUGGGUAAUGUAGAACCUGAUAGGAAAUGUAAAAACUUUCAUUUUUUAAAGGUGUGGUUACAAGGCAGACAGCUGUGUUAGUAGUUUUGGAUUUAUCAGGUAUGAGACAAUCCAAAGGUGGUAUCUUGGAUAUGGUAAGAGAGUUUUAUAUUUGAAGCAGGACAUUUGGAAAAUAAAUGUGAGAAAUGUAGGAAAUAAUUACCUUUUCUGCAAAAGUUGUUAAGGAUUCCCUGACUGAACCUGUUGAGGAAAAUGCUACCUACCAUAGAGUGCUGGUCUUUCUAAACAUCAAAUCAGGCUUAGCAGCAAGCUCCUUUACCCACUUAGUGAUCUUGCUGGCCUCAACUGGGAUUUUACUAAAAUUUCAUCUAAUCUGUUUGAAUGUAAAAUGUAAAACCUUCCACCUGCAGAAAAACUAGUGAUUAAAACACGUGAAUCUGUUUCACAUAACUUUUUAUUAAAAAUAGUUUUUUAUUAGGUACAUGUUUACAGAUAUUUUUAGGACCUAAGGCAUACAAAUGUGUGCUCUGACUUGAACUAGCUGAGUGGAGAUAAUGCUGUAAGCACCCCAGCCUGCAUGAGGGUCGUCAUUCAGGACAGCAGCUACUGUGGAAUCUUCCUAGUUGUGCCUUCCAAGGAUCCUUUCAUCAUGUGGGUGAGCAUAUGCAUUACACAACUGUUGCCCUUGGACUUUAAGAAAACAUUCAUAUUUCCAUUGUAAGAAACACUUCCCAUAAUAAUGUCUUAAAAGUUUGAAGUUCCUCAGAAAGGAAAAUUAAAGGAAGUCUUUAUAUGGUACAGUACUUUAGUUAACAUAACAAAAGAGUUAACAGAACAGUUUAUAGAUCAGGGCUGCUUAGAUUCUAAGCACUAAGAUGGUAGAGGCUUCAUAAAACUUGUUUGAAAGAAUGCCUACUCAUACAGUAACUUACUGAUAUUGGCUGAAAGAAUCCCAGUUCACUUGUGAUACAAGAUGAAUGCAUGAUGUAUGUGCACCUUUGUUUAGAGGUGAGAAUGGCUUUAUGCUGUUAGGUUUGCUCAAGGUUUACCUCUUGUAAGUGAUAUUUAAAGAAUGGUUGAGUCUUGCAUUUAAGACUUUCUGACCUAGUGGCUUAUAACAUAUCUUUAUGGAUUUUAUCAGCCUUUAAAAGACAAUGUAAACUGGACAUAUCUCAAAAAUAGUUCACUUAUUCACUUAUUUUACAAUAAAACAAACAGAAGCCUCAAUCAUGGAAUUAUAGGGUCACAUUUUAAUUCCUGAAUUUUACAGUUUAGCAGUAAUAUCACCACAUGUAUACAAAUGGUGUAAAACAAGUACAGUGGUAUUUUUAAUACAAAAUAAACAUCUGUUUUAUGGAAAAACUAUACUUCGUAUCUACACGGACAGCCCAUCUUUUCCAAACAAUAGCCAAAAUUAAAAUUAACUCCAAAAUUUCCAACACAGGAAACUGCUUUUAAGCUAUUCCAGGAAAAAUGGACCCAUAACAUAUUAUAGAGCUGAUCUAAAAGACUGGAGCUAGAAUUACUAUUUUUAGAUCUUUUUUUUUCUCAAUGCAUUAAAUUGUAGUUUGGGGUCAUUUUUCUCAUCUCAGCAAUGAUCUUAGAUCAUAGAUGAGCAAACUAACAUUAAAAUAUUUACAGUUAACUUGUUCUAAAAAAUAAAAGCUCUUAACAGCUUGCUUCAAUUAUUUUAAGUUCAUUUACAUACAUGGAAUGUGCUUUUUAAAUCUCUUAAAAAAGCAGCUUUCACAUCACCCUCUUGUCUGUGGAAGAGCUUCCUAGGCUGCAUAUGACUGUGAUAUUUAAGUAGCCUCUAGGCUAGAAUGACCUGCAGAUAUUAAGUGCCACUUAACUCAGCACCAUUCUUUGUUGGUCUUUAUAUAUUUACCAGCAGCUCUUAGAACACCCAGACCUAACUUUACUGAGAAAGCAGAAAGUGACCAUAGUGGAAACCCCCUGUUCUAGCCACUCCCAGGUUGGUGGAAGAGGAGCAUUUCAGAACAUUGCUGCUGCAUUUCUUGGCUGCUGUUACCUCUAAAAAUGCUGACUUUAGUUCUUUAAGAAUACUAUCCAUUUGGAACCCAGCUUUCUUUUUUCUUUUUUUCAAUGUAUUAGAAGUUCUUGGUGUAGAGAAAUUGGUAUGUGCUGUUUGUUACCUAGGGUGUAUGUCCUGUCAAAUGCCAAAGGCUAACUUCUGUGAAAUCUUUAAAGAAAUGGUCCCAACAAUGUAACUUCAUUUCUGAUGACAGUUCAAUUUGCUUUACAUAAAAAAUGUCUUUUAAAAAAAGGCAACUGAUUAAAACAACGUGGCCAGCACCAUUA